AUGGGCUACCGCGGCCCUUCUCGAUUCUACCUGCCAUUGAACGCAGCGCUCUACAUAUUUGUCAUCUCUAACUGCCUCUCGGCCGCUUAUGCGCCAAUUCAAGAUUGCGAUGAGAUAUUCAACUACUGGGAGCCAACCCAUUACCUUGACCAUGGCUACGGGUUGCAGACGUGGGAAUAUUCGCCGGAAUACUCCAUUAGAAGCUGGUUGUACGUUACAUUGCAUGCUAUUAUUGGGAAGGCGAGCUCUAUCUGGACUCCGAGAAAGUCGGUGCAUUUCUACGUGAUCCGAGUUGCCCUCGCUACCUUUUCGGCGGCCUGUGAGACCCGUCUCUACUCGGCGGUAUGUCGAACUCUCAAUCCAGCAAUCGGGCUUCUAUUCUUGAUAGUCGUCGCUUUUAGUCCUGGGUUUUUUCAUGCUUCAACGGCAUUUCUGCCAUCUAGCUUUGCAAUGUAUACUUCAAUGCUUGGGCUCACAGCCUUCCUCAAUCGUGGCAGGAACAAGAUCGCCGAAGGUGUCAUGUGGUUUGGUGCAGGUGCGAUCAUCGGCUGGCCUUUUGCUGGAGCGCUGCUUUUACCUUUACUUGGAGGCGAAAUUCUUACCUCCAUAUUUUCUGGUACUUUUCAAAGCGCUAUUUGGGGAGUGAUCAAGGGGGGGAUUAGGUGUUUUGUGAUUCUAGGACUGGAAAUUGGGAUAGACUCUCUUUUCUUUCAAAAGCCGGCGGUGGUACCUUGGAAUAUAGUCGCAUACAAUGUAUUCGGCGGUGAAGGAAGGGGGCCAAACAUUUUUGGUACAGAGCCUUGGACGUUCUACAUUCGAAACUUGCUCUUGAACUUCAACAUUUGGUUUUUUCUAGCUGUUUCUGUUGCACCGCUACUCGUUCUCCGAGCCUUGUUUGGGUCUCGAGCAUUGACCUCGAAUCAAGCGAUGGUACGAUUACUUGCCUAUGUCUCACCAUUUUACGUCUGGCUGGCAAUAUUCACCGUCCAGCCACACAAGGAGGAGAGAUUCAUGUAUCCCGCGUACCCCUUUCUGGCCUUGAAUGCGGCAUUUGCUCUUCAUUUAGUUCUCGAAUUCGUCGGAACCAACAAGCCUGGCACGCUGAUGGGGUUUAUUCCUGGAAAAAUCAAACUAUUUGCUGUAGCAGCAUUGAUUCUGUUGUCCGUCAAUGCUGGACUUCUUAGGUCUCUAGGUAUGGCAACGGCUUAUGGUGCACCUCUUCGCGUGUACAAUGCACUUGAAACCCCUGGUGUCGCAAAAGAAGGCGAUACUGUCUGCUUAGGAAAAGAAUGGUAUCGCUUCCCAUCUUCCUUCUUCCUUCCAGACUCGAUGCGAGCCAAAUUCAUCAGAAGCGAAUUUUCCGGUCUUUUACCAGGCGAAUUUCCCGAUGCCAAUAGCAUGGACGCCUUGCUCGCUGGUACAGCUGCGAUCCCAGCGGGAAUGAAUGAUCUUAACGAGGAGGAUCCAUUGAAAUACGUUGAUAUCUCCCAAUGCGCAUUUCUUGUCGACUCUUACUUCCCCAGCGCCCCAUUAACAGAUCUUGAACCAGACUAUAUCAAUGAUACAGAGAACUGGGAAAAGGUAUCGUGCAAAAAAUUCUUAGAUGUUCCCAGAACGUCUAUCUUGGGCCGGGUUGCUUGGAUUCCUGAUCUACCAUUUGUCCCCGAGCGUUAUCGGCGGCAAUGGGGAGAUGAGUGGUCUCCCUCAUCCUUCAAAAGACCAGAACCCGUCCCUUACCCCGACUGGAACGUAGAAACGUCCAAACCUAUACCCUAUCGGCCGUUUCGAUAUGGACCGAAGUAUUUUAUAACCAUGGGAUUGAGAAGUAUGAAAUGGGACGAUUGGAUCGAACUGGACAAUCAUUACCCCCGUUUUCACGCAGACAAGUCUCGACGCAUAAUCGAACGCGGGUCGAAAUGCUGCAAAACGGCUCCGGAGGCCAUGGACGGUGCGAUUGAACUAUUAGAAGAACUGGCAUCUUACCUCCCCGCCCGCUAUCCAAGCAUGUUCCGCAAAACCCACGUUGGCAUCGACAACCUCUUUACCGGCGAAUCAUUCAACAUCAUCCAACGACCACUCCCCGAAGAUCCCAUGAUCACAUGCUCACGCUUAAUUCAAGACGACCUAGCACUAAUGUUCGAAAGGCCCGACGGACAGUACUACCUGCUAGCCGGCGCAAUCCUACUCGCAGGAUUCUGGCGUCUGCAGGACAAAUUCGGCAUGCCACUCAGCGAAAUCCACACAUCCGGUGACGUGCCGCAAUUUCAGGAGAAACUCGAAAAGGGAAUGGUGAAUUUCUUCCGACGUAUCAAGCCCGAAGAUCCCGUGCUACGGAAUAAUUACUUCUUGCAGGUUGACGACGAAUUGGCCUGGUCGCAUAGUAUUGGCUCGGAGGAUUCGGAUGGGAUUUCGUGGAAUACGGCAGAGAAAAAUCGGGCGAUUGAGUAUCAUUACUUCAGAUCGGAGAGACAGUCGCUGCGACGCUUGCCGCGGUCUGGGGCUGUGGUGUUCACUAUUAGGACGUAUUUCGAGCCAGUUACGGAAAUCGUCAAGGAGCCCUAUGUGCCGGGUAGAUUGGCGUCGGCGGUUCGCUCAUGGGGUGAUGAUGUGUCAAGAUAUAAAGGUAAGGAGAAGUACGAAGAGGUGUUGCUCGAGUAUCUCGAUCAGAAGCAUCAGGAGCAAGUGGCCAGUGGGCUGGAGCUUGAGAAGGAGGACGAAGUACGUGCAUAUCCCUAUUAG